CACCUACUCUUAGAUGUGACUCACUCCACUUGUUUCUGAGCAGGAGACUCUGAAAGGGUGCCCCAAAGGACAACCUCCAGGCAGCUAGGGGAGCACCUACCGUCUCAGGCAGAGGAGAAAAAUGUGCCUUUUUCAUGGUUUACCAGAAAACCCACAUCCCCGCCAGCCUUAGUUUCAAAGCUUAUUCUUAAUUAGAGUAGAGAAGCCUGUUUCAACUUGAAGACACCCGUAUCAGGUGAAUGGACAGCCAGCUACCGCAAUGAAAGAAAUUAAACCAGGAAUAACCUAUGCUGAACCCUUGCUUCAACCGUCCCCGAGUGUUUCCUGACACGUAUUUUUGCUUAUACUUCAUCACAACUAAAGAAUGGGGCUCAACUUGACGCUUGCAAAAUUACCAGAUAAUGAGCUGCACAGCCAAGGGAGUCACCCUCCAAGUAACACGAGCGACGGCCCCGGGAGGAACACCACCAUCCACAAUGAAUUCGACACCAUCGUCUUGCCUGUGCUUUACCUCGUUAUAUUUGUGGCAAGCAUUUUGCUGAAUGGUCUAGCGGUGUGGAUCUUCUUCCACAUCAGGAAUAAAACGAGCUUCAUAUUCUAUCUCAAAAACAUAGUGGUUGCUGACCUCGUAAUGACGCUGACCUUUCCAUUCCGAAUAGUCCAUGAUGCAGGAUUUGGACCUUGGUACUUCAAGUUUAUCCUCUGCAGAUACACUUCGGUUUUAUUUUAUGCAAACAUGUAUACUUCCAUCGUGUUUCUUGGACUGAUAAGCAUUGAUCGCUAUCUCAAAGUGGUAAAGCCAUUUGGGGACUCUCGCAUGUACAGCCUCACCUUUACGAAGGUUUUAUCUAUUUGUGUUUGGGUGAUCACAGCUGUUUUGUCCUUGCCAAACAUCAUCCUAACAAAUGGUCAACUCACUAAAGACAAUAUUCACAAUUGCAUGAAACUGAAAAGUCCCCUGGGAGUCAAAUGGCACAAUGCAGUCAUUUAUGUCAACAGCUGCUUGUUUGUGGCUGUGCUGGUGAUCCUAAUCGGAUGUUACAUAGCCAUAUCCCGGUACAUCCAUAAAUCCAGCAGGCAGUUCAUAAGCCAGUCUAGUCGAAAGCGAAAACAUAACCAAAGCAUUCGGGUGGUCGUGGCUGUAUUUUUUACCUGCUUUCUACCCUAUCACCUGUGCAGAAUGCCUUUUACUUUUAGUCAUUUAGACAGACAGUUAGAUGAAUAUGCACACAAAAUCCUGUACUACUGCAAAGAAAUGACACUUUUCUUGUCUGCGUGCAAUGUGUGCUUGGAUCCAAUAAUUUACUUUUUCAUGUGUAGGUCAUUUUCAAGAAGGCUAUUCAAGAAGUCAAAUAUCAGAACAAGGAGCGAAAGCAUCAGAUCACUGCAAAGUGUCAGAAGAUCAGAAGUCCGCAUAUAUUAUGAUUAUACUGAUGUGUAGAAGCUAAAGACCACUGGGUCUUCUCUUGUUUGUUGAAGUCAAUAUGUACAAAGUGUAAAUAAAUGUUUCUUUUGAUUAGCCUU